AUGAAAAAUGGGAUAGCAUUAAAAAUAAAGGUUAAAAAUGGGCUAGAGGAUGCAUUUCAAUAGACCUAAUAACAUACUGAAUUGGCUACCAUCCUAUUUGAUGCCGAUUAUUUAUUAAAAUAGAUGAGUCUGGGUGUUGAAGCUGAUGGAAAGACUCCUUUCUAAUAUCCAUAGGAGUUGCAAUAGUUGGGAUUGAAAUCUUGUUCACAAAUGGGAUAAUCAUUAGAGCAACGAAGGUUAUGCAGAUUUUGGCUUGUUCCAAAACAAUGUUUUUAUUCUUCAGUUAACAACAAAUACAUAAUUGAUGAUAUUUAGGUUGCUUGUUAAGCUCGGGUGAUGGAAAGAGUAGGUAAUAGCUUACAAGAUAAAGUAAGCCAGGAUGUUAAUGAUGCACCAUAUUAAUUUGCAACAAAAUUUACUUAAAUAUACGAUACUAUAGCUAAAUACUAUCCCAUUUUUAAUAGGUUGAAGUAGUUAUUCAAGGCAGUAGCAUUGGGGAGAUGGAUGUAUGAAAAUAAUGUCAAGGGAAUUUAUUAAGAAACCUUAAGAUAUUGUAGGAAAGUCAAUAAUUCUCCUAAAGUAAUACCAAUUCUAAAGUAUGAAAAAGUAACAGAGGAAAAUAAAACCCCUAUUUAUUACACUCAGGCUGAAAAAGUAUAAGUAGCAAUCGAACAUCUAAAAGGAAAGGGUCAUCCAACGACUUAAAAUUAUAUCGAUUAAAUUGUUAAAUAGAUACCAGAUUUGAAGGGAUAUUCGGUAUCUUCGUCAGUGCAAUAUAGUUAAGGAGGAGUGAAUACUCAUUGUUAAAAUAUGAUUGAAUCUAAAGCUGAUCCUAAAGUGGAUAAAUUUAAGAAUUUGGAAGAAAUUGAUAUUCCAUUCUUCCCUUAAAAAAAGUGCAGUGCUUGCAAUAGAAUGAUUGAAAGCCAUUUAUUGAAUUUAAAUCAAAAUCAAUGCUCUAUUCACAAUGACUAUACUUGUUAUUUGUGUCUUGAGUUAAUAACAGCUUAGGAUUCAUAUCCAAAAAGUUGUAUUAUCAAUAACUACAGAUACAUUUUUCACUAGUCUUGUUAUAAUCAAUACGAAACGGUUAUAAAUAGCAAUAAGAAAGAUGAGGAUUGGAAUUGA